UACUCUUUCUCUCUCUCUUAUGGAAAUAACUAUUUUUCCUGCAAGGUUAGCAAUAACUUUGUAAGGCAUUAUAUAUGUUUUUAUUGGAACUCAACUAGCUUUGACAACCUAAUAAUGCUUAUUGAAGUGGAUGUGUGGUUUUGUAGCAAAUAAAUUGAUGCCCAUAUUCUCUUUUCAUCUACAUUCAUUUGCAAUUUGGAAUUAAGGAAUGAAUUUUGGCUAUAUUUUGUAGCAAGACUACAUAUAUUACCUAUUUAGAUGCUGCUGAAAUUUUGAAAAGAAAGGAUGUACAUGUGCUGGUUUUAUAGCUUUGUUCUUUUGAAUCUUCAUUUAAAAUUUCAUAAAAAGAUAACUUGCAUGAUAAGUGUGGCUAGAUAUUCAUACAUAGGUGCAUAAUUAUAGCAUUAUUUUCAAAUAUACCCUCAUGUUAAUAUCUCUCAUACUAAACUCUUCUGGUUUAAUAUUUUUUUGGUCGUAUACUUGCCUGUAUUGAUCUUCAUGUGUAUUUUAAACUUGUCCACUGAGGUUUGGGAGCAUAAAUGUGCAAGAAUGAACGAAUUGAAUAUUAUGCUGAGUACGGUUGUUACCAGUUAAUAAAUGUUUAGAAAUUAUGUUUUACCCUACCUUUAUACUGUAUAUAUUGAUGAUCAUAAAACACUUGUUAUUUUUGAAAAUCAAACUAUGUCUUUCAGGCAGCAAUAUUUUUUUCAAGAGUGAGAAGAGAAACAUCCUAGUUAUGUUGGAUUACUUUUUGUGGGAGGUCAUAUCUGUUUAUAUCUGGUUAUGUUGGUGUUUUAUAUUUUUCUGCUGGUAGACUACCAUAUCUUGGAGUUUUUUUUAGAUUUGUCGCGGCUCUGUAUUGUUGCUGCUAUUAUUUUAUCGUCUUGUAGCUACAGUUCUGUUUGUCCCAAAAAUUUUAGACCUGCAGUCGUUUUUAGCCUCUAGUCCUUUCAUAAAAGUUAUCCAAUCUAGGCUCAAGAAUUUCUCAAUUUGGAAUUUUGUGCUAGGAUUUAUGCCUUCUGGAAAUUUCUGUGGUCUGCUGACUUGAUUCUAUCGCAGCGGGCUGUUAUUUUUACUUGACGAUUGAGCGGGUUGUUGUGUUGAAUUGGGUGGGCUUGCUGAAAUGAAUACUCUGGCUUUUCUUAUUUGUUUUAGUAUAUUUUUCCUCUAGUUAAUUAUAUAUUAUUGUAGCUUAAAGAAGAACUAUGGUUGUGUUCUUGCAUUGAAAUGCUUGAUUUUGGUGCUUUACAGAAUGUGAAGUGACUUAACAGGGGAAGGAUUCGUUACAUACACUAAGGCAAUUUAUCAGCAAGAGGUGUAAAGAGUAAGAGGAAUUUUUUUUAGCAAGAGGUCAAAAGAGCAAGAGGUGGCUACUUACUUGAGUUCUUCACAGGUUAUCAAUCCCCACCAAUUAUUAUUGUUUCAUGUAAAUUCCUACUAUUAGAAAAAGUUGCAGGUUGAUUACUAUUUUCUGAUUAUCGUAUAUACACACUCAUAUAUAUAAGCUUGCUGUAGUUUGCACAACUUUACAAGUAAACUAGUUCUCUAUUGAACAUACACCGACAAGGUAAAAGGUAGUAAGGUACUAGUUUUGCCAUUUCUAUUAAAAUAUUCAUUGAACUGAAUAUUGAACUAUAUGAUUUGGUUGAUGCAAUCCCAUGUCCAUUAUAUUUAUAUAUGACAUAAUGUUUAAGUAGGAAAUAAAUAAUAUGCCCUGAAUUGAUUUUCCAUGUAAGAGGGGUUUAAGUGCAACAUCCCCCCUAUGAUUGCUCUGAAGCUGGUGAUGUUUAUUAUAUUUUAACUAUUAUUUUCUAUUGAGAUGUGCGGUUUUCUGUCUUCUUUAUAUAGGUUUAUCAAAAACUUUGUUAACUCAAACUUUGGAUAUGAGUGUCUGGCCCUACAUAAGUUUCAGGAUUCUGAAUUGUUUUAUGAGUGCAUGAGAGCUUUGAAAGCCUUUGCUUCAUUUCAUUAUAAAGAAACUAUUGCUAGAAAGGUGGGUCUAGGCUCUUAUGCUGCUAGUGGUGUCAAGGCAUCCUUCAAGGGCAGUUGCUUCCACUCUUCCUUUCUUCCUCCAUUCAUCAUGAACUUUGCUUUACGCCCUCUUGCAAGUAUAUUAAGGAGCAGCUAAAUUGGAGAAUGAUUGAAGAUUUUUUGAGAAGAAAUGAGCAGAUUUGUUCCACUACAACUAGUCACGUAUGAAGUAUAAGUUGGAAUUAUAACUGUUGUAGUAGAAAUCUCGUUACUAUGAGAUAUCGUACAUAUACUAUAAUAUACCUAUAUGAAAUAAAAAAAAAAAAGUUUGGCCUAAUUAUUUGGUAUUUU